ACCAAGUUAAGGAAAAUAAGCAGACGGCGAGGAGAGUAUUAGCUUUCUGCUAACUAAACCGUAUGUAAGAAGGGCUCAGAAGUUUUAUUGUAACAUUGAUUUACUCAGACAUUUUAGUGUAACACUAAUUUACCACGUAUUUUACGUCUACUUGACUGUUAACGCUCGCAGGUUGCGCUAGACAAACGUAUGCAAGUGGCAUUAGAGUUCACCGUAAGUAUCACUUUUCCUAAUAAAACGUAUAAAAACUGCUACCUUCAAUGUAACGAGCCUAAAUGACACUAAUAAGCGUGAAUACUGAGCAUCCAACACUAACUUAAACUGAUUAACCCUCGUAUUUAUAAUGUAAAAAAACGUUCACAUACACGCGAAAAAUGACCUAAUAAAAUGUAUAAAAACUGCUAUCUUCAAUGUAUCGAGUCUAAAUGACAGUAAUAAGCGUAAAUACUGAGUAUUCUGCACUACUUAAUUGAUGAUCCCGCGCAUUUAACAAUGUAAUUUAAAUAUGUAAAUAAACGUUUGCGUACACGCGAAGCUGUCCUUCGCUUUUCCUAUUCAGACGCAAAUAAAAAGUGAAACUUUCAAUUUAUCAAGUCUAUUUCGCACUAAUACACGCAAAUACUAUAGAAAAUACAUAAAAAACUAUUAAUUACAUAUCUCGUAGCACUCACUGAAGAAGACGUAUAAUUCUACUGUUGGCCACACGAGCGACAACAUUCACGCUGGUUUUGAUCGAAUGUGCUGGUUCUGCCGUACUGUCACCCUUCGUGUACUGUGUAGCAGCGACCUCGUGGUGUUGUGGAAAUUCUCCAGACUGUAGAACUGAAGCGAUGGACCAGGAGCCAACUAAGUGGAUAAAAAAAGAGGAAACUGAUGAAGUACAAACUGAGUUACACUUCAUAGCCCAAGACUAUCCAUGCAGCAUGAAUGUAAAAGAAGAGUUGGAGGAGGGUGUGAAUAAAGAGUUUCUUGAAGACCCAUUAAAGGCUGGGGCCCAUCUUGUUCGCUUGAAGCAAGACCCCGAACUGAAACACUGUGCUGCUGGAUCUGAGCAUAAUUCUGUUGAAGAUCCAUUGGGAAUAUCUUUGUCCACUGAUUUUAUCAAGGAGGAUCCUGAAUUAAAUAUAACUGAGAAUACUAUGGAAACCUCAACAAGAUAUGCAUCUGAUAGUGCAAGAUUUACUCAGACUGCUGGUGGGAGUUGCAGCAUAUCAUGUGAAGAAACUUGUCACCAUAGACUGGUCCAGGAUGAGUUGGUGAUAGACACGGAGAAGUCAACACAUGGGUUCAGUACCAAUACAGAAGAUGUGGCCAUUGAUAAGGAAUGCUCAGUUGCCACCCAAUAUGACUGUAGUACGAGGGAAAAGGAAUUAGAUGUAUAUAGCUGUAAUUUCUGCCAACAGAGCUUUUCUUCAAAAUACAGACUCAUAAUGCAUGUGUUCAUGCACAUGGAUGGAAUGCAACCACCUUCGUAUGUUUGUAAGCGGUGUGGUGAGGUAUUUCACAGUGAUGUUAGCUUGAAAAAACAUAUGAGAAUGAAUGAGUAUUGUCAAGUUUUAAGUGCUGACAGUCAUGAAAAAUAUGGACAUAGUGAUGAGCAUCAAACCACUACCUUGUUGGAUAGCGAGUUAGAAGUUUCUGUCACAGAACACAAUGAGCAGUCUUCGUGUAAGGAAGCUUGGAAAGAUUCAAAAAAGCCCUCUAAUGACAUAUGUAACACACAUAAGACAAAUGAUAGAGAGAAAACAAGUAAUUAUGGAACUUUGUCUAUAGCUGUUAAUGUCAGUACCCAGGCUGAUCUACUUACUGCAAACAGAACCGACAGAUGUGGUAUUUGUGGCAAAUUGUUUGCUAGGUCAGGUGAUCUCGAGAGACAUGUUUCCAUUCAUACUGGGAAAAGACUUCACAAAUGUGAUAUUUGUGAGAAGUGGUUUCCCCAGUCACUUUAUUUAAAGGCUCACACAUUAAUUCACACCGGAAAGAAACCUCACAAAUGUGAGAUUUGUGGGAAAUCUUUUACAGUGUCAGGUGAUCUCAAGAAUCACGAUUUAAUUCACACUGGAAACAACCCGCACAAAUGUGAGAUUUGUGGGAAAUCUUUUGCUAGGGCAGAUUAUCUCAAGACACAUACAUUAAUUCACACUGGAAAUGAAACUCACAAAUGUGAGAUUUGUGGGAAAUCUUUUACUACGUCAGCGUAUCUUUACAAACACACAUUAAUUCACACUGGAAAGAAACCGCACACAUGUGAUAUUUGUGGGAAAUGUUUCACUGUGUCAGGCUAUCUCAAGAAACACGUAGUAAUUCACACUGAAAAGCUACCGCACAAAUGUGAGGUUUGUGGGAAAUCUUUUGCUAGGGCAGAUAAUCACAAGUUACAUAUGUUAACUCACACUGGAAAGAAACCUCACAAAUGUGAGAUUUGUGGGAAAUCUUUUACUAUAUUAGGCAAUCGUAACAAACAUUUACUAAUUCACGAAGGAGAGAAACCUCACAAAUGUCAGAUGUGUGGGAAAGCUUUUGCGUUUUCAAGGUAUCUGAAGGAACACACAUUAAUUCACACUGGAAAGAAACCAUACAAAUGUGAGAUUUGUGGGAAAUCUUUUGCUAGGGUAAAUUAUCUCAAGAUACACACAUUAAUUCACACUGGAAAUAAACCUCACAAAUGUGACAUUUGUGGGAAAUCUUUUGCUACUGCAAAGCAUCGCAAGAUACACAAAUUAAUUCACACUGGAAAUAAACCUCACAAAUGUGAGAUUUGUGAGAAGUCUUUUACUAUAUCAGCCAAUCUUAACAGACAUUUAUUAAUUCACACUGGAGAGAAACCUCACAAAUGUGAGAUUUGUGGGAAAUCUUUUGCUGCGUCAGGCUAUCUUAAAAAUCAUGUUUUAAUUCACACUGGAAAGAAACCUCACAAAUGUGAGAUGUGCGGGAAAGCUUUUGCGUUGUCAUGCUAUCUGAAGGUACAUACAUUAAUCCACACUGGAAAGAAACCUUACAUGUGCGAGAUUUGUGGGAAAUCUUUUACUGUGCUACAUAAUCUCAAGAAACACUCAUUAAUUCACACUGGAAAGUAACCUCACAAAUGUAAGAUCUGUGGGGAAUCUUUUGCUACAUCAGGUGAUCUCAAGACACAUGCAUUUGAACACACUGGUAGUGGACCUCACAAGUGUGGUAUCUGUGACAAAAGUUUCACUUACUUGGAUACUCUCAAGACACAUGCAUUUCUUCACAUCAGAAAGAAAAUGUAAGUAUUUGUUAGAUUACGCAAAUACACUCCUGGAAAUUGAAAUAAGAACACUGUGAAUUCAUUGUCCCAGGAAGGGGAAACAUUAUUGACACAUUCCUGGGGUCAGAUACAUCACAUGAUCACACUGACAGAACCACAGGCACAGGCAACAGAGCAAGCACAAUGUCGGCACUAGUACAGUGUAUAUCCACCUUUCGCAGCAAUGCAGGCUGCUAUUCUCCCAUGGAGAGGAUCGUAGAGAUGUUGGAUGUAGUCCUGUGGAACGGCUUGCCAUGCCAUUUCCACCUGGCGCCUCAGUUGGACCAGCGUUCGUGCUGGACGUGCAGACCGCUUGAGACGACGCUUCAUCCAGUCCCAAACAUGCUCAAUGAGGGACAGAUCCGGAGAUCUUGCUGGCCAGGGUAGUUGACUUACA